AUGGGAAUACCAAUGGAAUCCACAUCAGAAAAGAGAGCAGACCUCAAUGAAACCCAGGAUGUUGAGGCCACCACAGGAAGGAGCAAACACAAGACUACUGUCUUUGAGGCUGUGGUCCAUUUAUUUAAGGGCAGUGUCGGAGCUGGCCUCUUUGCCAUGGGUGAUUGCUUUAAAAAUGGUGGCCUCUUCGGGUCCACAAUUCUAAUGCCCAUCAUUGCUGUGAUCUGUGUCCAUUGUGAACAAAUGCUAAUCACCGGUUCGAUGUUGGCUGUCGAAAGAAAUAAAUCUGCGACAUUUUAUGAUUAUCCCGAUACCAUAGAAAAGUGUUUUGAAGCCGGACCUAAACCUUUCCGUCGCCUGGCGAAAAUAAUGAAAUUUAUUGUGGAGAUGUUUUUGUGUAUUACCCAGUUUGGAUUUUGUUCAAUAUAUUUUGUGUUCAUUACGGAGAAUAUGCAUCAGAUCCUUCAAAGUUAUGGCAUUGACAUUAGCAUGAGCAUGACAAUGUUAAUAUGUCUAUUGCCCGCCAUGAUUCCCUCGCUGAUGACAAAUUUGAAAUAUAUCUCCCCUGUAUCGGCCUUUGCAAGUUUCGCUUUACUUUUCGGUUUGGUGGCCACGCUGAGUUUAGCCUUCUUAGAUGGUCCAAUGCCAUCGAUAACUGAGAGGCAUUAUUUUACUUUUGGUCCAGAAUUGUCUCUAUUCUUCGGAACAGCACUCUUUUCAUUUGAAGGCAUUGCCUUGAUUUUACCCAUUCGCAAUUCGAUGAAGGAUCCCAAGAAAUUUAAUCAACGUUUUGGUGUUUUGAAUAUUUCAAUGCUCAUUAUUACCCUGCUGUUUGUAUUUACCGGCUUCGUGAGCUAUACCAAAUGGGGUGAGGGGGUUGAGGGUAGUAUUACAUUGAAUUUGGAUGCAGAUGAUAAACUUUCCCAAGCUGUGAAGAUUGCUGCGGCCCUGGGUGUCUUCUUUGGCUAUCCCAUCCAAUUUUUUGUUAUGAUGAAAAUUAUCUGGCCUCCACUGAAGCAAAAUAUGGCUGCGGCCCAAAAGCGACCCAUUACCGUGCAGGUUAUGUUCCGUUUUAUAAUGGUGUUGUUGACAUUUGGCGUUGCUUUAUUGGUCCCACAGCUCCAUUUAUUCAUCUCGUUGAUUGGUGCCCUCUGCUCCACCUCUCUGGCCUUUUUAUUCCCCGUCUUCAUUGAUUUUGUGGUGCGAGCCCAAACUCCCAAGGGUUUGGGUACUUGGGUCUAUUUGAAAAAUAUGGUCAUUAUGAUAAUUGCACUGCUGGGUAUCAUUACCGGCACCUAUGAAAGUAUUCAUCAAAUUGUCAAGGCAUUCUAUGAAGAUUAG